UUAAAUGACUUUUUUCGAAUUUCAAAUUAUCUGACUACGUUUGAAUUAUCGCAAAUUAGAUAAUUAAGUUUGUGCGGUUACGCGGGUUUUGUGAACUUUUUCCCUCAUCUAAAGUGAUCUCAAUCUAGGUUAAUCGUUUAUAUAUCUCAUUUUCAACAGCUAUGGAUCCUCAUAACGAUCCAUUUAUUUUUUAUGAACAAAAAUUUAGGAUAUGUAAGCGUCAUUAUCGUCGUUCGUCAGAUCGCUUUGUUGAGCCGCGAAUGUCACUUUUGGGAAAGCCAAUAAAUUACAAUCGCGGUUCGCGCCGUGAUGCUCGGUACAGAAGGUUUCAGAGCAGAGUAUACAAUUUCUUGGAGAGACCACGAGGACCACAAGCAGUUUCAUAUCAUAUAAUGGUAUUUCUCAUGGUCUUUACCUGCCUUGCUUUAAGUGUUUUCUCAACCAUUGAGGAGUACGAAAAGGAAGCUUUGUAUAUAUUAUUUAGAAUGGAACUAUUAGUAGUAGUAUGGUUCACAAUGGAAUUUUUCUUACGGCUGUGGUCAUCCGGUUGCCGUUCAAGGUAUCAAGGAUGUAUAGGAAGAUUAAAAUUUUUAAAACGACCAUUUUGUAUUAUAGAUAUUAUUACAAUAGUUGCUUCCGUAGUUGUAUUAGGGAUGGGCACUUCAGGCCAAGUUUUUGCAACCAGUGCGCUCAGAGGAUUGCGCUUCUUUCAAAUUUUGCGUAUGGUGCGAAUGGAUCGACGCGGUGGUACAUGGAAACUUUUAGGCAGCGUUGUGUACGCACAUAGACAAGAAUUAAUAACUACUAUGUAUAUUGGAUUCCUUGGACUAAUAUUUGCUUCAUUCCUCGUCUAUUUAAUGGAGAAGGAUGUUAACGCAAAGUUUAACAAUUUUGCACAAGCUUUAUGGUGGGGUGUGAUCACUCUUUGCACAGUAGGUUACGGCGAUAUGGUUCCUGAAACGUGGCAGGGAAAAUUAAUUGCUUCAUUUUGUGCACUGCUUGGUAUAUCCUUUUUCGCUUUGCCCGCGGGUAUACUGGGAAGCGGAUUUGCACUAAAAGUGCAACAGCAACAACGUCAAAAACACAUGAUAAGACGGCGUCAACCAGCUGCGACUCUUAUUCAAUCAUUAUGGCGUUGUUAUGCGGCAGAUGAGCACUCCAUAUCCAUUGCUACUUGGAAGAUACAUCAAGUGGCUUUACCCAGUCCCCCAGCAUCUUCUGAAUAUUGGGAUAGAUUGUUUAAAAAUUUAAUUGAAAAUAGAAGAGCUUCGAGCAGUUUCAAGCAUAAUGCAUCAUUUGUUGCCCGCUUGCCAACUAUAAGAAGACACAAAAGUCCAUCUAUUCAAUCGCCAGGCGGUGAUGUUAUCGUUAAAACUUCGAUGCCUUCUUCGACGCGAGCGUCUCGUUAUGCACGUCCUGUACGCGAUAUGAAUCAAUCCGUAGAGAAUCUCGAAGUGGUACAAAAUGGAAGAUCGUUAAAUCCGAGUUUUAGCGAAGACUCUGUCGCAGAUACCACUUUACUGAAAAAAAGUUCCGAUGCUUUGAAACCCAAUCUGUCGGCUGACAAACACAGAAGGCACAGCUGCGUUUCCUUUGGGAAUUUAUCUGAUAAGCAAGACGAAGAAAACCUUAACAAUGAAUUGUGUUACGAGCGCGGGAGAGAGCAAGUAUGCACCUUCGGCGGAUGUGCUACGUGUAGUGAAAAUGUUGUGGAAAAUGAUAUCAAUAAAAACAUAAAUAAUAAUAAUAAUAAUAACAACAAUAACAAUAAUAAUAAUAGAUAUAGACUGGGUCUAACGAAUAUUACAUCCAUACCUGUUGUCCUGUGCGGCUUUGUCCAUAGCGACAUUUUCGGUUCAAAUAUAGCAAUUACUGGUACUAACUCCGCCUGCAAAUCCUCGCCGAACAGUCAAUCGUACGAAUGCAAAGACAUAGCCGACAUUGAAGGAAUAGAUGAAGAUGAAGAGCCACGUUGCACCCAAUUAACCAAUCAGCAUAAAACUGCCAUACGAUUUGUUAGAAAGCUGAAAUAUUUUGUGGCUAGACGGAAGUUCAAGGAAGCCCUAAAGCCUUACGACGUCAAAGAUGUCAUGGAACAAUACGCCGCGGGACAUGUAGAUCUAUUGGGACGUGUAAAAAAUGUACAUGCCAGACUAGACCAGAUUUUGGGAAAACAAGGCUCGAAAUCAAAAGACGCUUAUGCUUCUAAAAUAAGUUUAGCUUCGAGAGUCGUCAAAGUCGAGAGACAGGUGGCCGAUAUAGAAGAAAAAUUGGACCUACUUAUUAAAACGUACAUGGAUGAUCGCCAACGGUUUCAAGUUCUUCCCUUUAAUUCUCAGGUUUCAAAACAUUCCCUCAGCCAUCAGCCGCCUAUACAAGGCCAGUAUGAACCUAUAAACAAUUGGCAAAACUGUAAUACAAAAUUAGGCGGUAAAUCUAAAGCGACAAUCGACACGUCGAAAUCUUCGACUUCGUAUAGCUCAAAGGAAGUCGAUGAAUUUACAAAGUCUUCCGAAAUUAAUGCAUAUCCUCCUAUAGCCGAUGUAGGCCCGGUUCAAGUUCGUCAUCAGCACAGUGUCGACGAAACGGAAGGUAAAGCGAAAAAAAGAGUUACUCUAAGAUCCAUGUCGCAGCCUUACGAAAGAGAAAGCAAAUUAGAUGAAGUCGCUAUAUCAAUACCCAGCAUAGACACGCAGUCUGUGGCUUCCAGCCCUAAAGAACAAAUACCUGAAAAUUCAAUUAUAUUAAUAGAUGAAUACGAAGAUUUAGAAGAAGAGGAUCUAAUUUGCGAAGAAGAACUCGACCAAUAUCCGUCGUGGGAGAUGGAUAGCGAUACUGUGAUCGAAGCUGAUGUGGAUAUCGAAGGCGAUUGUGAUGAGACAACGGAAGAUACCGCCUUACUGCAGCAGGCCUCACGCACUUCAAUUGUUAUAACAACACCUAUCAGUCCUGUAAACUCCGCACACAGUCUCCAACAUAUGGAUGACCAAAAACCUCCUACAAUCAAUAAAUCAAAUUUAUUAUCGCCAGAUUCUGGAUAACGAUUUUAUACAAGCAUGUCCAUAUAGCUAUAUGUUAUAUGUUUUUAAAAUCGCUUAUAUUUUCUACUUCUGUGUUCAUUUAAAUAACAUAUAAGGCGAACCACAACAAAAUAAAA